AUGAUCGUUGAACGAUUUAUCCCUGUUCGUUUACCCGAUUGGGAGAGAAAUCUGAAUCGUUUCUUCUGGAUUUCGCAUUCGUUUCUCGCGUUUGUCAUCGCUUAUUACACGACAAAUGGAGAAAUCUAUCCCUGGAUUGAGCAUUGGCUUCAUGAUAGCAGUUACAUUCCAAAUCAAAAAAUCGACAACUCGGAUUCGGAGUGGUGGUUUUACAAAAAGAAUUUCCCACGUCUUUUCGGAUGCCUUUUGAUGAACUCGAUCAUUUUCACGUUUCUAAUGAAAACCUCAAGGAAUCUCUACAUUUUCCCGCUUCUUUUCUCUCAACUCGGAUUGCAUGUGCUCUUGACAAGCUUUCCCUGCCUAUCAACGUGCAUUUUUCUGACGAUUUUCGUUUUAUCGCUUGUCUACUUUUUUCGAAAAGAAGCAAUCGCCUGGCUUUUGUGUAUCGGUUUCAUUCUCAAGUGCUCAAAGAUCGCUCCAUUCUCUCACACUUCUUACGUUUACUACCUAGAGUUUAAUCUUUAUGCGUACACUUGUCUAAAGAUAAUCAAUGUCUCCAUUUAUUUGUGUCGACAAGAGCCGAAAGAAAGCGACGAACAGAAAAAAGGGCUUCUAGUCGAUAUUCUCAUCUAUCUACUCUAUCUUCCAUUCUCGAUAACGCUCAUCGUAUUAUUUGAUGAUUUCCGAAAACAAUUGGAGAAAAGGAGAAGAAAAGAGAAAGAUUUUAAUAGAACAGAAAAAUCUCCCAAAAAUCGCGAUCUUCUCAUCUUCGCUUUUCGUCUACUUUUUUGGCUUGGGUUCUUGGAUUUUUUGAUGCACUUUAUCUAUGUGAAUGCCGUUUUCUCAUCGCCGAACACACUUCUAUUUGGAAUGAACUCAUAUCAAGUAAUGUCGAUCUCGUAUGCGGUUGGGCAGUACUUUCACAUCAAAUAUGUCGUCAUCUUUGGGAUCCCGUCACUAUUCGCGAAAAUUGAUGGAAUGACUCCACCACCGCCGCCAAUUUGUGUAUCACGCGUUUCGCGGUACUCUCGAAUUUGGAGACAUUUUGACGCUGGUUUAUAUCAGUUUCUAAAAAACCAGGUCUACAUUCCAUUGAUGAGAAACGUAACUGGAUGGAAAGGAUCUGUGCUACGAUUUAUAUCAAUGGUGAAUGUAUUCCUUGUUGUACUCGUCUGGCAUGGUUUUGAUUCCCACUACGUAUACUGGGUCUCCCUUUCGGGGAUUGAGUUAAUUUUCGAGUGGGCUGGUGUUGCUCUAUGGUCGACAAGAAUUUUCGGAGUUUUUUGUUUCUUGGGAAGUCCCGGUGUUGGGACAACAGUUUUCAGGAAAGUGCUGAUUGACGGGUCGCUAGAAUUGUUUUCGGGUCACUUCAUUAAAAAUGGCUUUCCUUCUUCCGGCCUGAUUUUCUUUCACAUGAUGGUGCUUGGAUAUUUUUACAACAACCACACAUUGGACUAUGAUGAAGAAAAGGCUAUCAAAACAGAA